GAAGGAGCAAAGUGCAUUGUGGUUCCUGCAGCUGAACUAUGCUGAGCAAAUCCACUGGACGCCAGAAAAGCUAGUACAUGGAUAGCAGCGUUCAGAUCUAACUUCAAACCCUCACCAUCUCUGUUCUGAUAAGACCUGGAACAAUACUACAACACAAAUUGAUACCCUGAAUAUGGACCAGAAGAACCAAAGAUGAAUUGAAGAGGACUAGUUGUCUUAUCCUUACAAGGAGAAACACCCAUUAAGGGGGAGUCAAAAUACUUAUCAGUAACCGUGAAGUCUUUGAUGAAAUUGAAACUGAUUUUUGGACAAGAGCUGAGGACCAAACCCAGGGCCUUGUACAUGCUAGGCAACCGCCCUACCACUGAGCUAAAUCCCCAACUCCAGUACUGAAGGAUUUUAAACAAGUCAUAUAGAAACCUACCUCUGCAUGCAUUUCCUAAACAUGUUCCAGCUCCUGGAUUUGUGAUGCAGACUCCAGUGUGACGGUUGUCUUCAAGGUCUGUCCACUGAACGUGAACACAGGGAAUGAGAAGGCUGUGACACAGCAAACAUUAUAAAAGGAAGCCUGCCUAAGUGACAGCUGCCACCACAUCCUGACACAUACCUACCAGUGUACUCAUGGCAAAAUGUCUUGGGAGUAAGCAACUGCUUCCUGAUUGGAUUCAAUAGUUUCUCCACAAGAUGAAACCUGUAUCUGGGCAAGAACCUAAGGCUAGACAGAUCAUAGACCCUAGGCAUCUCUCACCCUUCAUCAUGGAAGCUUGUGGUUGCAGUAGAUGAUCAUCAGUCCAGAGACCCACAACUGGCCAAGAUUCAGAGAAUAAAACACUGAGGAAUAUCCAGCCCUAAAUGGAAGAUGUUAAUUCUACCUCCAAAGGCACAGGGAUGGCUGUGGAAGAAGGAGUGAAAGGACUGGAAGAGCCAGAGUUGGUGGACGAUGACAGGGAAAUGGUGUUGUCUGGACACAGCAGCACAGCUCCUUGUAUGAACUCACCAUGGCUGUGACAGCAUGUGUAAGACCUGUUGAGCCCAAGCUGGACUGAAUACUAACAUAAACAGGGGAGUUGAGAAUGACAAGGAUUAAUGAACAUGAAUUUACCAUCAUGAGAAAAUAAGGUUGUAGUCAGAGGGGAGAAAAUGAGUUUUGUCUUGAAUGAGAUUAAAACUGACAUCUGCACAGGAGUCUGCACAAUGUUUUGUGUGAUCAGUUCAGGGUGCAUUUGUGGAGUCAGGGAUCAGAAAAAUUAUCUUUCAAGGGUUUGUGUUCCUGUUUAUAUGAACUGCUUCGCCAUGUUCCCCCCUGUUUCCAAUGCCCACAUUCCACUGCUUCAUUGUUUUAGGACAUCCCAGGCUGUGCCGCCAAGGAAUUAAGACACAAUGGAAUGAAAAACAACCAAUAGUUUCAUUUUCUCUUUCUUCUUCUUGGAAAUGCAGCAGAUUCCCAAAAAAUAACAAGAUCCGAGAGCUUUGACGAUUGGCCAAAACACACUGAGAGGGAAGGGGCGGAAGGCAGCAGAGUGUAUAAGUCCUGCAGAAUUGCCUUAGCCUGCUGCUUUCCAUGGAAGAAGCAGAGGUGAGUGUCAAGUGAAGAGACUGGAGUGCAGUGGAGAGUGGUUCCUGUAGCUGAACUACAGUGAGCAAAUCCACUGGACACAGGAUAAUCUGGGCCCCUUUUCAACAGAGCCAUGGGUCAGUUAUUCUCUGAUACAUCCAAGGAUGAAGACAGUGGAGAUUUGGAGACCAGCUUCAUUGCAUAUUUUAAGAAAAUAAAGACGGAAAACAAAAUCAUUCCUCAGGAAACCAUCCGUUUAAUAGAAUUACAUCUGAAAAAAGGAAACAUUCAGGGGGCACACUCUGUAAUCAGUGAUGCAUUAAAAAAUGUCGAUAAAGUCCCAAUCAACAUUGCUGUGACAGGAGAGUCUGGAGCAGGGAAGUCCAGCUUCAUCAAUGCCCUGAGGGGGGUUGGACAUGAAGAGGAAGAUGCAGCUGAAGUUGGAGUAACAGAGACAACUAAGGAGAGAACUCCAUACAAACACCCCAAAAUUAAAAAUAUGACUUUAUGGGACCUGCCUGGCAUUGGAACCACAAAAUUCCCACCAAAAGAUUAUCUGGAGAAAGUGGAAUUCCAAGAGUAUGACCUCUUCAUUAUUGUUUCUGCCACACGUUUUACAAAACAUGAACUAGAACUUGCCAAAGCAAUCAGAUUCAUGAAAAAGAAUUACUACUUAGUGAGAACCAAGGUGGACAUAGAUUUAGACAAUGAAAAGAAAUCCAAACCACGGACCUUUGACAGAGAAAAGAUCCUGCAGAAGAUCAAAAGCUACUAUGUAAAUACCUUUAAUCAGAAUAACAUGGAAGCACCAGAGAUUUUCUUGAUUUCUAGCAGCCAUUUAUCUGACUAUGAUUUUCCAGUUCUGAUGGACACCCUGAUAAAGGAUCUUCCUGUUCAAAAGCGCCACAAUUUUAUGCUUUCCUUGCCUAAUAUCACGGAGGCAGCCAUUGACAGAAAGCAAAAGUCUAUGCAGCAGAAUAUCUGGUUGGAAGCCUUCAAGGGUGGAAUUUUGGCUACUGUUCCUGUAGUGGGCAUCAUCAGGGAUGAUGUGGAGAAAUUGAAGGAGAAGCUAAACCACUAUCGAGACCUCUUUGGAGUGGAUGAUGAAUCCCUGGAAUUCAUGGCUAAGGCUUCCCAAGUGCCUGUUGAACGACUGAAAGAAAUCAUUAAAUCUCCUUAUUUGUUGGACACUAAGAAUGAAGAAACAUUAGGAGAAAUGUUUUUGAAAUGUUUGGAGAAAUUUGCCUCAGCUAAUGGUGGGCUCCUUGCUACAGGUCUUUACUUUAGGAAAACCUUUUACAUGCACCUUCUUUUCCUUGACACAGUGACUGAUGAUGCCAAAGUUCUCCUUAGAGAGACAUUAAAAAACAAAGAACUAGUUCAAACUCACCUCACCCACAGCUACUGACCAUGACAACAUGAAAUGGUUAAUGCCAGGGAGUCAUUAGAUAAAUUCCUGCUCCUGACAUAUUUUCUUUACACUAGUCAAUUGUUAUAGAAUAUUAUUUUAAGGUAUGUUUUGUUUAUGUUGCAUUUGUUGAACUCUGUGGAGCUGUGUAAAAUACCUGAUGGUCUAAUAAAGAACUGGCCGAUAGCAAGGCAGGAGAAAGGAU